AUGUCUGGAAUAUAUUCGGUCGAAGACCUGUUGAAGCUACGAGCGUCGCCACUAAUAUGUAAACCCCCAAAUCUGCCAGCGAUCGAAGAAUGGAUGGGACCGCCAGAACCGAGCGGCAGGAGACCUGCUCCACGCACGAGCAAAGAUGAACCGCUUAUACAGACUGAAACCUUCCAAAAGAGGCCCACACUCCUCGACUCCCAACGACGAACAACUACCGACCCCGAUCGCAUCGUACUUGGCCCACCUCGCCGCUCCUUCGCUUCUUCCAAUGCGCGCGCCCUCGGCAGAGCACAGGAUGCGCCAGACGAGAAAGAUCGCACUACUUUGGGGGACAGGACGAAGACUGGCGAAGAGCUAGAGCGACAUCACGAGCGAAGACAUACUCAGACAAAUGGGCGCUACACCAAUCGCCAACAGAGUGAAGAUCCGGAGCCUGAAGGCCGUCGUGACUACGACCGUAGGCCAAAGUGGGCAGGAAGAGAUCGGGGUGAUCCUGACCCAGACAACGAUCAAGCUCUGGAAGAACCAUCGCGUGGCCCAAGACGAGAUACACUAUCGAGGGCUAAGCUGUCGCAGUCGUGGUUCAGAAAGGACACUGGUGACGCUGAGGAGGACAAGGCCCCAGACUGGCGUCGGGAUCGAGGCAGAGACCGUGAUUGGGAUCGGGACCGCAAUGCCAAAGCCGAGGCGGAGCCUGAAUGGAUGGACUCGGCCGAACCCGAGGAACCGUUCCAAGCCCGUACCCAAGAAGACUUCCAACGGUGGAAAGAGCGCAUGAAAGCUGGGGGAGCAGCACCGCUCGAGACCGCUGUCGCCAGUCCGCCACCCGAGGAGAAACCUUUAGCCAGACGAGUUGUCUCGGCCGAACCAGACGACUCGAUGGACAAGUUCUUAGCUAGGUUCGAGUCCAAAGCUACUGAGCAGAAGGCCGCGACCGUUAAGCCGCAUGGCAAGAGCAAAUUCGCCUCGCUGUUCAGUCCUGCAGCCGAGCAAAACAAGCAGGUCGAAUUUCCUUCGCAGCCACAGCUCCCAUUUACAGAAAGACCUUCGUCUGCUGAAGCAGCUGGUCCUGCCACUGAUGCUGACCAGGCCGGAUUUGCGCGCAUUCUGGAAAUGCUACAGACUCGUAGCAACAAUCCCACCCCCCAGAGCCAAGAGGCACCGAAACCGAGAACGUCACUCUAUGCUAGAGCUCCUGAACAGAAAGCCGAACCCGAAUCGGGGCCUCCUCAGCUCGAUCUGAUCGCGCUUCUGGCUGGUGAGAACGAAGCGGCACAACAAAAGCGGCUAGAUCAGGACCAACCCUCUGCACCGCAACAUCGAUCGAUUGAUACCAAACCACCUGUCUCACAACCCAUCCACACACGGCAACAAUCGAGCAUCAACAAGGAUGAAGUUCUCUUGAGCCUGCUCCGCCAAGCGAGUUUGGCACCAAAACCGCAACCACCACCUCCUGCGGGAAGUGGCCAUAUGUUUGCAUCAGCGAAUGAUGCAGGCAAUCGACCUAUCGCUUCCCGUGGAGCUGCCAUUUCUCCCAUUCAAGCGGAACAAAAUGCCUUCAGAGCAGCCACUCGAGCGUCGAUGUUUGAUGAAUCGCCCGUGUCCAUGUACUCGAGCGACCAGGCUACAAGAGAGCCGGGCACAAGACGGCCUACCAACGGUGGUCAACCUUCGCAGGAAGAUCUUCUGAUUUCAUUCCUUCGAGGCCAGCAAUCCCAGCAGAGACCGGCGCAAACCCCACAACAAACUGCGCAGGGUUAUCCACCUGGUCUCCACCGACCUCCUGGGUUGGACCAGGUACCACGGCAGAACCCGAACUGGGUUGCUCAGCAGGCGCAAGCCCAACAGCAACCACCUCGCCAGCCAUCGCUCCCUCCAGGCCUGGCUAACAUUCCCCGUAGCAUGUCAGGUGCGCCUUAUGGACAACCGCAGCAGAUCCCUAUACAACAAGUCCAACAACAGCGGCCACAACAACCCCAACGCAAAUAUACCUCAGAGUCAGCCAUGCCUCCUCCAAACCUGCCCCCAGGGAUGUAUCCGCCUCCCGGGUUCAUGAACGCCGGUCCACCGCUCGGCUUUCCUGGUGGAAUGGCAAACCAUCCGGCCGCCAGGUUUGGGGGUGACCCGGGACCGCAACAACGCGCUUUUAUGGAAAUGUAUGGUGAAGUAGGAGGUCGUGGAUUGGGACUGAGAGGUGGCGCGGGCAACGGUGGCAUGCCACCCUAUCGAUAA